AUGGACUCUUGUAAUUUGAUGAGUCAGUUUCCUACAGUGCCAUUGUUGAGAAUCUUUUCCUUUCUGGAUGGACACAGCUUAAUAAAGGCUUCCCAAGUGAACAAGCACUGGAAUAAGGUUGCAGAGACAGAUUCUCUGUGGAGAGACCUGUGUCUGAAGAAAGGGAGUUUCUGCCACUUCUCAUUCCAGUGUCAGGUUACAAUUAAGUGGAAGCAGCUUUAUUUCAAGCAAAUGAUACAAAAAUUUCGGAUGUUCUCGGCACAGUCAGAGGACUUUAACUGCAAGAUCACAACUGAGGACUUGGGAAACAUAUUGUGUAUGACUUACCUCGCAGGAAGUGACCAGACAAUGGAUGGAGAAGAGAAGUCGAUAGUCUUUGUAGCGUCUACCUAUGCACGGCCUACAAAGUAUGUAUUGACUGCCUGGGAUGUGCAGAAGGUGGGUGACGGUGUUGGUGACGUCCACACACUGACGCUGCCUGAACUACACAGAGUCUUUCAAGUUAAUGCAUUUAACUAUAGCGUUGAUAUGCUAUGCUUCUCUCCUGACAAGACGUGGAUCAUUGCCUGUGGGAGACAUCAGACUAUCUCGCCGACGGUAUUUUUCUCAGAGACUUUACUGAAACCAGAAGACAAUGCAGCACCUCUGUCUGUCACUCUCCGGUUUUCACCAUGUAUUGCGGCCCACUGGGCCCCAAGGAAGCCCAACAGAAUUGUGCUGAUGGUCCGAAAAUACUCUUCAAAAGCAGUAGGAUUUGUCACUUUGGAUCUGACAAUUAAGAUGACUGGGAACAGAAGAGUCAUCCAAGAGACUCAGAUUGCCAGUUUCCUGCUGCCGCCUGAGAUAAGUGUCCCUUUCUUGAUGAGCGUCAGUCUUGAAGAUGUGAUUAUCUUGGAGAGCGGGUCAAACCUGUGCCUCUUCAGUAUAGGUGGGGUCCUACUACAGCAAUUUAACAACCACCAGCAGGAUAUGGUCGGACUGUGGACGGAUUCUGUUCAUGUCAUCACCUUAUCCUUGGAUAACUCUCUGCACUUGUACAUGUGGGAUGAAAGGAAUCAUCCUCCUUCCCUCAAGAGCUGCUGCCACCUGAACAUCCCACAGGAAGGUGACCAAGAAGUCUGCUUUUACACUGUGAAGUGCGACAAUGUGAGCAUCGUGUGUGUGGUGUCAGAAGGCAACAGCUGCCGAUUGGUGAUGUAUUGUUUGAAAACAUAAUUCAGAAAUUAAUGGGAUCAGCCCGGCAUUGUCUUCUUCAGUGGA